AUGACCGAUAGAGGCUUAAAUUCGAAUAAUGGUGAUAAUCUCGAAAAUUUCAUUGGCGCAGUUCUAGUUGGUGCGAGCCUCACAUUGACUGGUAACUCCUCAUUAAAAACGGCAGCACUACGAACAAAUGGCUCGAAAAGGUUUCUUUUCCCGAUUGUCAAUUUUUCGACGCUUCUGAAUGAGUUUGCUAUGAUGUCUUCAACUGCUGUUAUCACUGGAAGCAUAAUACCGACUUAUAAUGCACAUUGUACUUCCGGGAAUUCGAUUCCGCCGAGAAAUCAAGGUUCGACGGCUCAUUGCGACCUCAACAAAAAGCCAUCGAUAAUAGGCGGUAUUAAUACAGAUCAAAAGAAUGACAUUGUAAACGAUGAUAAUAAAUUAAAUAAUGAUCAUAAUAGAAAAAAUUCAAUCAGUACUCUUUGGACUACGGCACCUGAAUUGAUUGCAAGGGAACGUCGAAAUGCCAAAGAAAAAAAAGCUGAUUUUCUUUUCAGGAAUUCUUAUUAA